CAUUCUGUUCUUUCUGUCUGCGAGAGUUACAGUAACUGAAUUAAAAAUGAGUGGAAGAGGCAAAACCGGAGGAAAAACAAGAGCCAAGGCUAAGACUCGCUCAUCCAGGGCAGGACUGCAGUUCCCCGUCGGCCGUGUUCACAGGCUUCUCCGCAAAGGCAACUACGCCGAGCGCGUCGGUGCUGGUGCUCCUGUUUAUUUGGCGGCUGUGCUCGAGUAUCUUACCGCUGAGAUCCUGGAGUUAGCUGGAAAUGCCGCUCGGGACAACAAGAAGACCCGCAUCAUCCCCCGUCAUCUGCAGCUGGCGGUGCGCAACGACGAAGAGUUGAACAAACUUCUGGGCGGAGUGACCAUCGCUCAGGGCGGUGUGCUGCCCAACAUCCAGGCUGUGCUGCUGCCCAAGAAGACCGAGAAACCCGCCAAAUCUAAGUAAAGCUAUUAGAGACCGCUUUACUGACCCAAAGGCUCUUUUAAGAGCCACCCAUUUUAUCUGAUGAAGAGCGCUUUUCUUUGUUAAUAUUUAAAAUAAUCAUAAACCCUUUCGGUUGAGAACAGAAAAAAUAAGGCCCAUCAAUCCAGUAAAAUGUACGAGGUGUGU